AUGGCGGACUCGCAGAAGUCUGUUGUCGACAACGCCGCUGAGUCGGUCGCGGCUAUCGACAUCAAUCCAUCUGCGACAACCGUGACGGCGACUGUCGACAUUCCCGACUCUGCACAAGAUCCCGGCAUCGAGAACAACAAGUACAACCAGAAGUGCAAGCACAUCGAGCAAAGCCACACCGAGACAACAUCGUCAUCCGAUUUGAAAGCUGUAGAUGCCGCAGAAUCGUCAACGGAAUCUCUUACCAAGUCGACCCUUACCAAGCCAGGAGAUCUUAGUGUCUUCCCCGACGAGAUAAUCGAGUCAAUCUUCGAGGCCCUGCUGGGAAAUUCCACUCUGCACGUCGUGUGCUUCGACCCAGUUGAAAGCGAAGAUUUCAGUCCAUCGAAACACAUUGAGUCUAGAGACUGGGAUCCGGCGUGGGUACCUGGCCUGCGACUCGUGUGCAAGUAUUUCAAGGAUGUCGCGACACCAGUCAUCGCCAGACGCACGGACCUGACCGUCAUCCGUCGAGUGUACCCAGAAACAGAGCUCCCCUAUACUCCGCUGACGCCCCUGCCACUAGCCCAACUCUGUCCCGGGUACAUUUCUGCGCGAACCCCGAUGAUCUCCAUUGUGGAGGAGCAGGCGAUGAAUCACUUAAUGCCAACAGGUUCAAUUGACGUUGAUGGGUUCCAAAACUUAAAGGUCAUAAGGUUCGGACCGUAUGAUCAGAUGAAGGCACUCAACACCGCUGUACGACAGAUGCAAGACUGCCUGGCUGGUCAGGCAAUGCGCGACUUUGCUGAAAAGCUCGUGACUUCCAUCCAAGGGGCGAGUCCUGCUUGGUUGACAGCCUUCAUCGCCAGAGAAGGUCCCCUGAAUGCCAUCAAGAAGAUCAUCCGCAAUGUCUUCCUGCCCGGAUUCGCGCGUGAAGAACACUACAAGGCGUUUAUGAAGCAACUCGUCACAACCUUCUGGGCCAUCAGAGGCGACAAAGUUGUGGGUGCGGGACCGGACGUCAAUUUUAUCGUCGAAUUUCGAACAUUCGCUGAAGUGACUGGCAUGGCUAUCAUACGGGGCGAUUUUGUUGGCGUUGAAACAUGCAAGCCCUGGGUCAAUCACAAGGAUACCAAGUUCCUGGACAUGUUCCGCUCUUAG